AUACGGAUGGAAAUUUAUGACAUUUUCUGCAUGCUCAAUCCUCUACACAUCAAAAGGGUUCACCUAGAUGAAAACCAUAAUAACUCUAAUCUCCUGGGACAUAUGAGAUCACCAAGAAGGCUCACAGAAAAUGACAAAUUCACUGGUGACUUUCUUUCUUUGUUUUUACAUUUCGGUGAGCAAUGUCCUGACAUCCUGCCCUGGUAGUUGUAAAUGUCAAGAUCUGAACAUGUUUUGCGCCAACGGUGGAUUGAAUACUGUACCUGAACCCCCAGAGAACGCAUCUGUGAAGUACCUUGGUUUAGGAGGCAACUUCAUUAAUUCCAUUUCUGCUGCGGAUUUUACAUUGUAUACAGGCUUGAAAAGGUUGGAUUUACAAUAUAAUUCAAUCGCUACUAUUCCAUAUGGCACAUUUGAGUCUCUUGGAAAGGUAAACGAACUUUAUUUGGGGAAUAACCGUGUUUCUCAACUUAAAAAACAGACUUUUACUGGACUCAUAAGCCUCCAUUAUUUGGACUUAAGCAACAAUCGCAUAUCCACUGUUAUGGCAGGAGCGUUUUAUAAUUUGGAAAGUCUGACCAAGCUGAGAUUGAGUGGGAAUGCUUUAUCUGCAAUAACAGAUGGCUUAUUUGUUCAUCUUCAAAAACUAGAGUUCUUACAUUUUGAAAACAACAGGAUCUCCACGAUAACCAGAAACGCGUUGAAAGGACUGGGCAAUCUUAUAGAGUUGAAUUUUACUGGAAACAAGGUAACCAGUUUGAUCGAGGGUGUGUUUCGGCAUUUACCUGCGCUUUCAAAUUUACAGCUCGACAAGAACAACAUCGCAGUUUUGAGAAGGGGAGUUUUUAAAACCCUAACAACCCUACACACACUGUCUUUAAGUCACAAUGGCAUUUUCGAGAUCGAUCCAGGCGCCUUUGCGGGACUAGCCAGACUAACAUCACUGAAACUGAAUGGAAACUGCAUUUCUACAAUCGGGCCGCAUUUUUUAAGUAACUCGCCACAGGUGGAAGAGAUUGACUUAAGCCACAACCAGAUCAGCAUCGUGAAUGAAAAUGCAUUCGAAAAUGUACCGGCCCUUAACAUUUUAAAACUAAAUGACAACAAACUUACCUAUUUAAACCCCGAUGUGUUCAGCGCCGCUGCUCAACUAUCCAGUUUAAAACUCAACGACAACCCAUGGCAAUGCAACUGCGAAUUGAUUCAUCUGAAAGACUGGCUAAAAUCAUCUUCGGACAGACUCCGAGUCAUGACAGUGUUUAUUAAGUGUGCGGAACCAAAAAGCCUAAUGGGGAAAUAUCUUGAUUUUGUAAGCAAUGCAGAAAUCAAAAAAACAGACAGAGAGUGUGCAGAUUUGAUGCCAGCUGAUGAUCCUGGAUACUUUACAGCCACACAUGCAGAAAACCGGAGAAUAACACAUUCCAAAGCUGAAGAGUUGAAAGAAAUUCAGACAACGCCAACACCAUCUCGUACGACAUCGGAUGCAAGCACUGUCAUCGCUAUAAUUAAAAAUGAAUCUAAACGCCACAUUAUCAUACCAACAUUACAAGAUCCACUAAACAAAGCAACACCACAGAUCCUAACCACUGCCGGCAUGCUGGUCAGCACCAGAACUUCGAACAAAGAACCGCAGACAAAGGGCUCUGAGAUUCAAGAUGCAUGUUUCUAUAACCAGUUUGCUAUUAUUAAUAUUUCUGCGGAUGAAGUCACCUCCAGUUCAGCAAGAAUAAAAUGGGGUGUACAGAAUAAUUACAGUAAAUUGGUCUAUUUUAGAAUCAUGUAUGAUCAGUUUGACCGGGAGACUAGAUUUAGUCGAUUCAUAAAUAUCAAACAAGGACAUGUUUGUGAUUUGCGUGACCUUAGACCCUCGACACCCUAUUUUAUUUGUGUGGAAAGCGUUGUCAACGAAAGAGUAUGUCAUGUUGCUUCAAGAGAUCUGUGCGUUGGAGUUGUCACAAAAGAUGAAAUAAGUUUUCCUCCAGACCCCCAGGCUAUGAUACUGUAUUUCAGCGUGGGGAAUGCUGUGGCAUUACUAGGUAUAUUGGUAGUUGUUGUUUCUGUAAUCAUUUAUAAAAAUAACAAAAAAAGAUCUACUGAAAGUGUGAUGUACUGCCAGAACAGGAAUGACACUUGUACAGUUUGUGCUGGCUUCCCAUUGGAUUAUAACUGUGGGUAUAACUCGAACAGCUCCAGAACUGGAACUUACCAAGCAAACGAAAUAGAUGUCAUCGACCUGCCACGGGGAGAUUAAAACUUUUAUGACCAACAUGUUUUCCACAAGUUUAAUCCUUCGCUUUACAGAAGACUGUUAAAAUGAUUAUUCUGGACUGAAAUUGGGUUACGUACACUUCGUUUUCACCGGUCUUUCUUGUGCCUGGUAAACUUAUCAAUUCAUUUCGAAAGUAUCUGUUUCAGAAGAGUGCUAUACUGCAUCGUAUAAAUUACACAAUGAUACAAAUAAACGAGAAUGAGUGCUUAAGAGACACUUCUAAAUCUUGUGGGGUUGACCAAUAUGAUGAUACCAACAUUUUUUCCUCAAAACCUGGCACUGUAUUUUCAUUCUGUGUCAACAGUAAUAAUAACACCUAACAUUUAUUCAAAAUCUAUGGUGUAGAAAAAAUAGAAAUA